CACGCGUUCGCAUUUCAGAAAAAACCACUCACACACACGUACCACGUGCCACGUAUCAUUAUUAUUAUCUCGUAUAUACACUUACAGACUUACACUAGUUAAAACGACUCACACAACCGAAAAUACAAGCGUUUUUCGAAGAAACUCCGACGAAACUGAUCGGAGGAUACGCACACAUACAAAUACUAGCGUGCGCAUGCGCGGCCUUUCCAAUAAAAGGGAACGCUACGUCACUUCUCCACAUUCUACAUUGAACAUCCAAAGUGUACUAACGCGAGUUUCGUUAGCAAAGUUGUGAAAUUAUUGUGUCACAAGUUCGAAUUACUGCGAGAAGUUCAAGUGUGUUUACAUAAUAGAAGGAUUUUAUGUAAAGUGUUAGUGCUUUCUGUGAAAAUUCACAUUCGGAUUUCACUGCGGAGUUUGGAAAUUAGUGAAAUUCAAGAGUUAAGAAGCAUUCGUCUAUCCAAAAUGUACAAGGAAGCAGUUGUUCCAGUAAAAGCCGAGACCUUCAGUGUCAUAGCAGCUAAAAGCUCUAUCGGACAAUGUAUCAAGACAGUGUUAAGGCGAGCCUGUGUCGAAAAAAGGUUAACUAUUGGCUUACUUCCCGCCAUUCAAUACUUAUCGAAGAACUGCAAUGGUGCAUUGUUUUGCCUGACCGCCGAAGCCCCGCCUGGCGAUAGUGCAACGCAUAUGCAAGAUGUCCUCCUGCAAGCAUUUUGCGUUGAAAAUGAUAUUCAUGUUAUUAAAGUCGAUUGUGAGACUAAGCUGAGGAGAAUGCUUGGUUACUGCUCUCCCAUGGACUUCAGUUGCGUGCUGGUACACUAUCCGUAUACAGAUCCAUUCACAGACAGUCAAGAAAUAGAUUUAUCAACAUUAUCUGAAGCCGAGAGACAGUUGAUCGACCACUGCGAAUCAGACUGGGGCUAUUCACAAAUGCCCGUCAUCAAGUUGCCCGAGAAGUGAAUUAAACAUGAGGAUAUUAUUGUGAAAAGAAAAUUUUGCGAUAUUAUUUUUCAAGUAGGUCGCCAUUUUGGCUUAGGCACAACGCCAUCUGUUGUUUGGUAGUUGCAUUAAGUCUGCUUGAGAAUGUUUUGGGGUUUGUUUUGAAUUAAAAUAAUUUAAAAAUUGAUAGAGAGCAAUUUGUAAAAUGUAGGUGCUAAACUGCUACUGUCUUAAAAUGUAAAAGUGUUUUUUUCAUUGUUUCAUAAGAUAGUUUAAUGUAACGAAAAAUGUAUUUAUUAUAUCUUUAUACCAAUUUCGUAAUAAAUCUUUUGUAAAAGUUAAAACAUAAUAAACAUGAAUAAAAUUUUAUUUUAUUUGUAACAAA